AUGUCCGAUACUAACACAUCUAUUUCCAACUCAAACUCGGUAAGAGAGAAUUGCAAUGUUUCUCGAUCGAGCCAAACACCAUCGUUCAGUUCUUCAAAUACUUCCACGACUACCAACACUGACUCUUCGUCGGAUUCUCCCUCUUCUUCCCCCUCGGCAAGUGAGUUGACCAGUAUUCGACCAAUUGGAAUAGUUGUUGCUGCUUAUGAUUUUAAUUAUCCUUUAAAGAAAGACAGUUCUUCGCAACUUUUAUCCGUACAUCAAGGGGAAACUAUUUAUAUACUCAAUAAAAACUCAUCGGGAUGGUGGGAUGGAUUAGUCAUUGACGACAGUAAUGGGAAGGUUAAUAGAGGCUGGUUUCCUCAAAACUUCGGUAGACCUUUAAGGGAUAGUAAUCUGAGAAAACACAGUCAUUCGAUGAAAAAAUAUAGCUCCAGUAAAAGCUCAAGGCGCAGUAGUUUAAAUAGUAUGGGUAAUAGUGCAUAUUUACAUGUGCCUAGGAAUUCGAGCAAAAGCAGGAGAGGAAGUUCAACUUUGUCAGCGACUUCAGCAAAUCCUCACAAUCUAGAAACAAGUUCCGGCCAUAAUAAUGUUGCAUCGAUGAAUAAUACUACCCUUUCAGCUUCAAACGAUGUCUCCCAUGUAACCCCUGAAUCUCCGAACUUUAAUUCUAAUUCGAGUCUUUCUCAGGAUGUUACAAAAAGUACAGACGGGCCAUCAGAAACGGAUAUCAAUACGAUUAUGAAUAACAAGAAUUCCAAUAAUCAAACUUCUGGUGAGAAAGGCACCCCCCAACCAAUACCUGAAGACACUAUUAAAGUAUUACCGUUAGAAGAGAUAGAAAUGAUUAUCAACGGCAUACAUUCCAAUAUUGCUUCUACUUGGUCCCCCAUACCACUGAUAACAAAAACAUCAGAUUAUAAACUGGUAUACUAUAAUAAAGAACUUAAUAUAUAUUGUUCAGAGUUACCUUUGAUAUCCAAUUCAAUCAUGGAUUCCGAUGAUAUUCUUGAUCGUGAACCAAAGUUUCCUCCUAAUGAUCAUCUUAUCAACCUAUAUACUAGAGAUCUAAGGAAAAAUGCGAAUAUAGACAAUAAUUCAACAACAUUGAAACAAAUGGAAAAGCAACAGAAUAGAUCGAGUCCUCCAAUAGAAAAGCAAUAUUCAAAAGAUAAUGAUGAUAAUGAUGAUAAUGAUGAUAAUGAUGAUAAUGACGAAAACAAUAAAAACGAAUUCAAUGAAGCUGGUCCUUCAUCAUUAAAUUCAUUAUCGGCACCUGACUUAACGCAGAGUCAAUUUAGAGCUUCUCCAAUCCGCUCUUCUAUACUGGCCAAGGGCGACAUCUUUUAUCAUUAUUCGAGAGACAUAAAACUGUGGACAGAAUUGCAAGAUUUAACAGUUUAUUACACCAAAACUGCUCACAAGAUGUUCCUUAAAAAGAAUCGUCUAAAUUUUACUAAAUACUUUGAUUUGAUAUCAGAUUCAAUAGUUUUUACGCAGUUGGGUUGUAGGUUAAUGCAACAUGAAAUUAAAGCCAAAAGUUGCAGCAAGGAAAUCAAGAAGAUCUUUAAAGGUCUUAUCUCCUCAUUAUCAAGGAUAAGUAUUAAUUCUCACUUGUAUUUCGAUUCAUCUUUCCACAAGAAGAAAAUGGAUUUGUUGAAUGAUAAAGAUAACGGUAACCAGGAAAAUAAUGGCCCUAGAGCGGAUGGAGAAGACAAUAAAAAUGAAGGAGAUAAUGUGCACGAUCUCGUUUUGGUUCCAUUAUCUGGUAAACGUAAUGUCAGUACCAGUACAACGGACACUUUAACGCCAACGAGAUCAUCCUUCAGUACCGUCAAUGAAAAUGAUAUGGAGAACUUCUCACCUUUAGGUCCAAGAAAUAGUAUUAAUUCUGUAGUCACACCAAGGACUUCAAUACAAACUUCUACUUUAGAAGAUUUUUCACCAUCCAAUAAAAAUUAUAAGUCGGUUAAAUCAAUUUAUGAAAUGGUUGACUUGGAAUUAGCUAAAUUUUUAAGGCAUGUUCAACUACUUUACUUUGUGCUACAAAGUUCAGUUUUUUCAGAUGAUAAUUCUUUACCACAGUUACUUCCAAGAUUUUUCAAAGGUUCAUUUAGCGGUGGUUCUUGGACGAACCCAUUCUCGACUUUUAUUACAGACGAAUUUGGUAACGCAUCAAAGAAUAAAGCUGUUUCAUCUACCGAAGUGACUGCUUCAUCCUCCAAAAAUUCGUCGAUAUCAAGAAUUCCACCAAAGAUGGCAGAUGCCAUUGCCUCCGCAUCAGGCUAUAGCGGGAAUUCAGAAACAAAUUCACAAACCGAUUUGAAAACAAGCACUGCUAUGUCUGGUUCAGUUUUUACGCCUUUUAACAGGCCUUCUCAUAAUAGAACCUUUUCAAGAGCAAGAGUUUCAAAAAGAAAGAAAAAGUAUCCAUUAACUGUAGAUACUUUGAAUACAAUGAAGAAGAAAUCCUGUCAAAUUUUUGAAAAGUUGAAUAAUGCUACAGGUGAGCACUUGAAAAUUAUAAGCAAACCCAAAAGCAGAAUUAGAAACUUGGAAAUAAAUUCAAGUACAUAUGAACAAAUUAACCAGAAUGUUUUACUAUUGGAGAUACUGGAGAAUUUAGAUUUAUCAAUUUUUAUCAAUUUGAAAAACUUGAUAAAAACUCCAAGCAUUUUAUUGGAUAUAGAGAGCGAAGAAUUUUUGGUACACGCCAUGUCAUCAGUCUCCUCGGUGCUGACCGAAUUUUUUGAUAUAAAGCAGGCAUUCCAUGACAUUGUCAUCAGAUUGAUAAUGACAACGCAACAAACGACAUUGGAUGAUCCGUACCUGUUUUCCUCCAUGAGGUCCAAUUUUCCUGUCGGACACCAUGAACCUUUUAAAAACAUCGCUAAUGCUCCUUUGGUCAAGGGCCCCUUUCACAAGAAAAAUGAGCAACUAGCGCUCUCUUUAUUCCAUGUAUUGGUGAGUCAAGAUGUAGAGUUUAAUAACCUUGAAUUUUUAAACAACUCUGACGAUUUUAAAGAUGCUUGCGAAAAAUAUGUUGAGAUUUCUAAUCUUGCAUGCAUUAUUGUUGAUCAACUGAUCGAAGAAAGGGAAAAUUUACUAAACUAUGCAGCAAGAAUGAUGAAGAAUAACCUGACUGCGGAACUGUUAAAAGGUGAGCAAGAGAAAUGGUUUGAUAUUUACUCUGAGGAUUAUAGUGAUGAAGAUUCUGAGAAUGAAGAAGCGGUCAUUGAUGGCGAAUUAGGGUCCGAGGAGUACAUUGAACGCAAAGUUGCGAACACAGAGAAGAAUCUCCCAUGGUUCUUGACUUCGGACUAUGAAAGCAGUCUUGCGUAUGACUCAAGAGGAAAAAUUCGUGGAGGAACAAAAGAGGCAUUGAUUGAACAUUUAACCAGUCAUGAGCUUGUGGAUGCGGCUUUCAACGUUACAAUGCUGAUAACAUUUAGAAGUAUCUUAACGGCAAGAGAGUUUUUUUAUGCCCUCAUUUACAGGUAUAAUUUAUAUCCUCCAGAAGGAUUAAGUUAUGAUGACUAUAAUAUUUGGAUAGAAAAAAAAUCGAAUCCGAUUAAAUGCCGUGUAGUCAAUAUUAUGAGAACAUUUUUGACACAGUACUGGACAAAAAACUAUUAUGAGCCUGGUAUACCAUUGAUUUUAAAUUUUGCCAAGAUGGUUGUAUCUGAGAAAAUUCCAGGGGCAGAAGAUCUUCUACAGAAAAUAAAUGAAAAACUCAUAAAUGAAAAUGAGAAGGAAACAGUGGACCCUAAGCAACAAGAUUCGAUACCGACAGCUGUGUCGAUAACUAGACGUGACAAUAAAUCCUCGAUACACAUGUCUUCCUCUUCUUUACCAUCUUCUGCUUCUUCAGCGUUUUUCAGAUUGAAAAAAUUAAAGCUUUUGGACAUCGAUCCAUACACAUAUGCCACACAAUUGACUGUACUUGAACAUGAUCUAUAUCUCAGAAUCACUAUGUUUGAAUGCUUAGAUAGGGCAUGGGGUACAAAAUACUGUAAUAUGGGUGGUUCUCCGAAUAUUACGAAAUUCAUAGCAAAUGCUAACACACUAACUAACUUCGUUUCUCAUACGAUUGUGAAGCAGACAGAUGUCAAGACACGUUCGAAACUAACGCAGUAUUUUGUUACUGUUGCCCAACAUUGUAAAGAAUUGAAUAAUUUUUCUUCAAUGACCGCCAUCGUCUCUGCCUUAUAUUCUUCUCCAAUCUAUAGAUUGAAAAAGACAUGGGAUUUGGUUUCUCAGGAAUCGAAAAACCUUUUGAAAAACCUUAACAAUCUUAUGGAUUCUAAGAGAAAUUUUGUAAGGUACAGGGAGUUGCUACGGUCAGUGACGGAUGUCGCAUGUGUCCCCUUUUUUGGUGUGUAUUUAUCUGAUUUAACGUUUACGUUUGUUGGAAACCCUGAUUUUCUUCAUAAUUCAACGAAUAUAAUAAACUUUAGCAAGAGAACCAAGAUUGCGAAUAUAGUAGAGGAAAUCAUUAGCUUCAAAAGAUUCCAUUAUAAACUGAAACGACUGGAUGAUAUUCAGACUAUUAUAGAAGCAUCUUUGGAAAAUGUUCCCCACAUUGAAAAGCAGUAUCAGUUAUCGCUGCAAGUGGAACCGAGGUCAGGAAACGGUAAGGGUAGCGCGCAUGCCGGCUCUGCGAGUGGUACAAAGACUGCAAAAUUUCUUAGUGAAUUCACAGAUGAUAAAAAUGGCAACUUCUUGAAACUAGGGAAAAAGAAACCCCCUUCUAGAUUAUUUCGAUAA